AUUCAUUCCAGUCCAUCCAGCAGCCCGUCGGUCAAUUGAUUGUGUCUGCCCGCGUGUUGGACAAGCUCGGCGCGACUUACAGCUCAGUCCCAAUUGCUUCCCUCGUUUCCCACCGCCUCUCAUCCCCGGGCGCAGGCAGCCCUGUCGGUUCCUGUCGUCCUGCACCUCCCCCCCUCCCCCACCAUCCACAAUCAUGUCCAACCCCUUCUCCUUCGGCACAGCUGGCGCGUCCAAACCGAGCCCGUUCGGAUCUGCCGGCGCGACCUCUGGAUCGAGCGCUGCCCCGGGCGCGCUGUUUGGAAAUGUAGCGGCUCCGGCGAGUGGCACCUCCUCGCCUUUGUUUGGCGGCGCCGGGGCCAGUGGUACAACCGGCUUCAGCUUUGGCGCUCAGAACCAGUCUGGAGCCGCCGGUCAGACUACGCCCCUGUUCGGUGGCAACUCAUCACAAACCCCCAACAAGAGCGAAGCUACACCUGGCUCGGCACCGACAGCCACUAGCGGGCUCUUUGGGAAUGCCUCGAAUCCUACCGGAGGGCUCUUUGGCAAUGCCACCUCCACCCCUGGUCAGACUGGAGGUUCUUUGUUCGGCGGCGCCUCAUCCACCACGCCCGCUGGUCCUCCCCCGGCCGGGGCGUCUGGCCAGGCGCAACCGCUGUUUGGCCAGGCGGCACAAAAGCCUGGGGGUCUCUUCGGAAACCUGAACUCGAAGACUCCUGCCACCACCUCAUCGACUCCACCCUCCUCCAUGACCACCACCGCCCCAUCUACCACUCCGUCCCUGUUCCCUGCUGCGCAGCAGCCAUCCGGGGGUGGCCUUUUCGGAUCGACCACGCCGCAGACCACCUUUGGAUCCAACCCGACGCCGGCCGCAGGGGGUAGUCUUUUCCCGAAUACCAACCAAGCUGCUGCCCCGAGCACCACUACCAAUGGACCUAGCACUCUCUUCGGACAGGCCCCUGCGCCGGCAGGUUCCUCUUCGGCGAUAGGAAGCGGAGCCGCGCAGACGUCUUCUCUUUUCAAGGCGCCGUCAUCUGGAGCCGAUGCCACCAAGCCCGCUUUCUCGUUAACCCCCCAACCCGCUACCACCCCGGCUGCUUCGGCCGCGGCCCCACAAAAGUCUCUCUUCCCAACCCUCGGGGCAACCACUUCAUCGGCGACCCCGUCGUCAACACCUGCCCCGGCCGGGGGGUUGUUUGCCGGACUCGGUGCUGCUAAGCCCGCGGCCACCACAGCUCCCGCGGCCCCUGCAGCUUCCGCAGCGCCGGCCGCCCCUGCCGCUGGAGGAUUAUUCGGUGCUAAGCCUGCGGCGAGCACCCCGUCUACACAGCCUGCCAGCGCUGCUCCCACGGCCCCCACCACCACGGCCAGCGACAAGCCCACGAUGUCCGCGACCCCCGGCGCCACGACAACCACUACAGGCACCACCGCGACCACCGCGACGGGCGGCAUCGGGCUCGGCGCAUCCACCGCGGGCCCGACUCCCCCGGCGCAGUCCCGCCUCAAGAACAAGACCAUGGACGAGAUCAUCACCCGGUGGGCCACCGAUCUGACCAAGUACCAGAAGGACUUCCGCGACCAGGCCGAGAAGGUAGCGGAAUGGGACCGGAUGCUAGUGGAGAACGGCACCAAGGUGCAGAAGCUGUACGGUAGCACAGUGGACGCAGAGCGGGCAACCCAGGAAGUCGAACGCCAGCUGGCGUCCGUCGAGGGCCAGCAGGAAGAGCUCGCCUCGUGGCUGGACCGGUACGAGCGCGAGGUCGAUGAGAUGAUGUCCAAGCAAGUGGGACCGGGCGAGACCCUCCAGGGACCGGACCAGGAGCGCGAGAGAACAUACAAAUCGGCCGAGAAGCUCUCCGAGCGUCUAGACGAGAUGGGCAAGGAUCUAGCCAGCAUGAUCGAAGAAGUCAACAGCGCGUCGUCAACCCUGAGCAAGACCAACAAGGCCGACGAACCGAUCUCCCAAAUCGUCCGCAUCCUCAACACCCACCUCGCGCAGCUGCAGGUCAUCGACCAAGGCACCAGCGAGCUGCAAGCCAAGGUCACCGCCGCGCAGAAGGCCGGGCAGUCGCUGUCGUCGCGCUUCGGCUACGGCCUCGGCGGCUCCACCAUGGGCGGCAGCGCGGCGGACGAUUUCUACCGUUCUUACAUGGGACGACGAUAGAUGAUGUAACUAACUAACUAGUAAACGCAAACUUGAGAUCCGGGAUGGUUUCAUCAGGAUUGGCCUUUUUUUUUUU